AUGCUCAUUACUCUCAAAUAUUUGACCGUUGCUUCCCGCCUUAACAACUGCUUCCCUCUUCGUUCUCUAUUCACAACUCUCUCUACAACCAAACCCAACCAUUUCACUCACCAAUUCAAAACCCCUAUUCACCAAUCCCUUCACAAUCUCUUAGAAAAAUGCUCCUCCAUGAGAGAACUCAAGCAAAUCCAUGCCCAAAUCAUCAUCCACGGCCUCUCAAAAGAAAUCCUCACGCUCGGAAAGUUUAUAUCUUUCUGCGCCGUUUCCGACACCGGCGAUCUCCGAUACGCCCGGCUUGUGUUCGACCGGAUUCAAGAACCCAAUAAGUUCAUGUACAAUAGUCUCAUAAGGGGGUACUCAAACAGUGAUGACCCAGAAACGUCUUUGCUAUUGUACCGGAGAAUGACCGGUUCGGGACUUUCUCCGAACGAAUUUACUUUGCCGUUUGUUCUUAAGGUUUGCGCUGGAAUGUCGGCGUAUUGGGAAGCGGUGGUUGUUCAUGGCCAAGCUGUUAAACUAGGAAUUGGGUCUCAAGUUUGUGUGCAGAAUGCUCUCAUGAAUGUUUAUGUUGUCUCUGGGUUGAUUAAAUGUGCUCGCCAGGUGUUUGAUGAAAUUUACGAGAGGACACUGGUUUCAUGGAAUACGAUGAUUGGCGGGUAUUCUAGAGUGGGAUUUUGCGGGGAGGCGUUUUGGUUGUUUCAAGAGAUGAGAGAAUUAGGAAUGAGGCCUGAUAAGUUCACUUUUGUUCAUUUGCUCUCUGUUUGUUCACAGAGUUGUGAUCUCGAUUUCGGUAGAUUUGUGCAUCUUUAUGUUGAAAUUUCUGGAAUUGAGAUUGAUCAAAUUGUGAGAAAUGCUCUAUUGGAUAUGUAUGCUAAGUGUGGGAACUUGCAGUCUGCGCAAACUAUUUUUGAUCGAAUGUCUGAUAAAAAUGUGGUUUCAUGGACCUCCGUCGUUACUGCAUAUGCGAAGAACGGUUUGGUUGAAUCUGCCAAGGAGUUUUUCGAUCAAAUGCCUGUGAAGAAUGUGGUUUCGUGGAAUGCAAUGAUCUCGUGUUAUGUCCGAGAAGGUCAAUUUAAGGAAGCUUUGGAUCUUUUCCAAGAAAUGCGUAUCUCUAAUGUUUUUCCUGAUGAGGCUACCUUGGUUUGCGUUCUAUCAGCCUGUAGCCAAAUUGGUGAUUUGGUAGUUGGAAGGGAAAUCCACAAAUACUUGUGCAAUAGCAAUAUAGCCCUCACUAUUACUCUUUCUAACUCCCUUAUAGACAUGUACGCAAAAUGCGGUGCGCUUCAGACUGCUAUUCAUCAUUUUCUCACAGCACCCAGAAGGAAUUUAGUUUCAUGGAAUGUUAUUGUCGGGGCCCUUGCAUUGCACGGUUGUGGACUAGAAGCAAUCGAGAAAUUUGAAGAGAUGCAAGGGCAUGGAAUCUGGCCAGACAAGUUCACUUUCACCGGAUUGCUUUCAGCCUGUAGUCACAGCGGUCUUGUAGAUAUUGGUAGAUAUUACUUUGACAGAAUGAAUUCUUUUUACAAGAUUUCACCUGAACUUGAGCACUACACUUGCAUGGUCGAUCUUCUGGGGCGAGGCGGCCUCUUAGAAGAAGCUGUUAGACUGAUAGGAAGAAUGCCAAUGAAGCCUGAUGUUGUUGUUUGGGGUGCUUUACUUGGUGCAUGUAGAAUCCAUGGCCAUGUAGAGAUUGGAAAGCAAAUACUGAAACAGCUGUUCGAGUUAGAACCACACAGUUCUGGACUGUACGUCCUUCUUUUGAACAUAUUUUGUGAAGCUCAAAGAUGGGAAGAUGUGAAAAACAUUAGGAAACUGAUGAAAGAUGGUGGGGUCAUCAAGUGUAAAGCAAUUAGCUUCGUUGAAAUCAAUGGUUGCGUUCACAAAUUCACAGCUAAUGACAAACUACACCAACUUUCAAGUAGGAUAUACGUCGUGCUUGAUCGAUUAACAAAUCACUUGAGGCCCGUCGGACCCUUGAACAAUCUUCCAAGUGCAUUUUAAUUUGUGUUUUCAAGGUGAAAGAAAGAGCCUGGAUAA